AUGCCGCCUAAAUUCGUCAGUGACGGCGUGCAUUUCAAACAUGCGUUUUGCUCGCUGAACUCCGGCAAGCUGGACGAAUUCUAUAAGGUCGAGACCAAGAAGAAGCUCGGCGAAGGCUCGUAUGGCUCAGUGUCAAAGGGAACCCACAAGUCCACCAAUGCCGUGCGGGCGAUCAAGGCCAUUGAUCGCACCAAGAUCGCUGACGGAGAAAGAUUUCAGACAGAGGUUGACAUCCAAUCAGCACUAGAUCACCCCAACAUCGUCAAACUCUAUGAGGUCUUCCUGGACGCCAAGAAGGUGUACCUCGUCAUGGAGCUCUGCACUGGAGGUGAACUUUUUGAUCGCAUCCUGGAAGAAGCAGAGAAGCAUGAAGGUGGGGACGCAGCUCGUGCAUUCGAUGAAAGGGGUGCAGCAACCUACAUGCAGCAGAUUCUUGGAGCCAUGAGCUAUCUCCACAACAAUAACUUUGUCCACCGAGACAUCAAGCCGGAGAACUUCCUGCUGCAGAACCGGGAUGUCGACGCACAGAUUAAGGUCAUCGAUUUUGGUCUUGCAAAGCAGCACAAGGUGGGUUCCGGAGAGAAGAUGAAGACGAAGGCUGGGACGCCUUACUACGUAGCGCCGCAGGUGCUGCAGGGGUGCUAUGAUGAAAAGUGCGACGUGUGGAGCUGUGGCGUCAUUUGCUACAUCUUGUUAUGUGGCUAUCCUCCUUUCUACGGGGACUCAGAUCCGGACAUUCUUCGGAUGGUCAAGAAGGGCAAUUUCACAUUCCCUCCAGAGGACUGGGAUGACGUCUCUGCCGAAGCAAAAGAGUGCAUCUCUCUGAUGCUGACAUUCAAUGCCGACAAGCGACCGACUGCAGCCAAGAUGCUGGAGCACCGCUGGUUGGACAAGAAUGCAGAGCUUCCAAAGGGCAAGGUGGCCAAGGACCUGUGCAAACACCUGCGGAAGUUCAACGAAGGCUCGCGCAUGAAGAAGGUGGCACUGACCCUCAUCGCACAGCAGCUGAAGGAUGAGGAUUUGGAACAGCUUCGCACAACCUUCCUGCUGCUGGACAAGAACAAGGAUGGCACCUUGAGCAUUGAGGAGAUACAGAAGGGCAUCGCUGACAGCGCCAUCGAGAUCCCAGCAGACCUCAUCGAAAUCAUGAAGAACCUGGACACAGACGGGUCAGGCAACAUUGACUACACAGAGUUCAUUGCAGCGACGCUGAACCAAAAACAGUACUUGAAGCGAGAUGUUUUGUGGUCUGCCUUCCGCGUCUUCGACAAGGAUGGGGACGGUACGAUCACCAAGCAAGAGUUGGGCGCCAUCCUGAAGGAACAGGCGGAUGGUGAGGUGAUAAUGAAUAUGGUGAAGGAGGUUGACCUCGAUGGUGAUGGCCAGAUUUCCUUUGACGAGUUCGUCAAGAUGAUGGAGAGUGGAAGUGAUAUUGUUUCGAAAUGA